AUGUCGCCUGGAACAUCAAGAAAGAGGCCACGGACCGACAUAUCAGAACGCAGUCGCAUCGGUUUAGCCGAACUGUUUGGUUAUGGAGAACAGAAUGAUAACUUACCAACCACAUGCAGGGUUGUUCCGCCUCGACAGCAUUCUUCCAUGAAGGAAUCAUUUUGCAGCUUUCGCAUCGAGCAACGAUUGGGCGGCAUCCUUGCUCAGCACUAUGGGGAAGAGAGAUUUCUGGUAUUUUCCAGCAGUCAACGAGGUGCUGUUGCGAAAAUUGUGUUUUCUUCUGAGAGGAGAAACGAGAAUUCAAGCACUUCUGUUUGCGCAAAGAUUCAUAGUCUCUCAGUCAAGGAAGCGUACAGAGGAUAUGGGCUCGGAAGUCUCUUGUUUUCUAUGGCAGUGGUGUCGCUCAGUAAUCGUUACUUGACGGAAGCUAAAACUGAUGCUUUGAAAACAAAAGAUUCAACGAACAAAGAUGACUUCUUUGUUGAAUGUUCCUUGGAUGCAGAAGAAGAUGUGCGUCGACAUGACAAGCUUGUGAACUUCUAUAGAAGUUGUGGCUGUCAUGUGAAGCCUAAUGCAAAGAUUUCUUAUAUCAACAACAAUGAUGGAGAGACAUAUCGGAAGGUCCCGAUGCAAAUCACACUUUUGGAACAGUCGUUUGAAAGGACGAGCCCUUCUGCAUGUACAUGGGCUAACUUUUUGCCCAUGGACUUCUUUUCAGCGCACCACGAACGUGCACAGUUACUGGGCGAAUCAAUUCCUUUGGACUGGUUCGUAUUGGAAAUAGAGGAAAAUUUAUUCGAGUUUCGGUCGACAAAUGGGCGUUUAUUGGCAGUUGGGAACGACAGAUGGUGUACUGUAACAAAUGGAACAAGCACGCCUUCAUCACAAUUUUUGUUUCAGCAAACGACUGAAACUCAAGCAUCGAAAACAAAGUUUCACUGCGAAUCGAAGAGUUUAUGUAUUAUCAAGUCAAGAAGUGGGCAAUACUUGGGCAUAGACCCAGUUCAACUAUCUUUUAUUUGUUCGGAAAAGCCGUCUUACUGGCAAACUGGUAACUGCGAACGGAGCCUUGUCUGCGUUAAGGAUUCACCUGCCCGCCGGCAGCAUUAUCUCCACCUUUCAUCAUUCCAGACCAGGGAAUACAUUCUUCGAAAGCGGGAACGAUAUUUCCGCUUUGACAUUGGGCGGCUGACUCUGAAAGAGGCGCUGGAUUUGGCCGGUAGUAUUCAAGCAGAUGAGUUUGGGGAGGAAAGAUGUGAUCGGUCAUUGUGCAGCCUUUUGUAUGCAACUGCAGAGGAAAGUCGGCGCGCUGAAUUCCCAGAUUGGUUUCAGCUAGUUGGGUUAAUUCACGGUCUUGCGACAGUUCUACGCUUUAUUGAUGCUGAUGUUGCUAAAGAAACGAUGGAAGAGGGAUAUGAUUGGACUAUUUGUAGUCAAUCUGUUUUGAUUGGAUCCAACGGAGGAGACCCAGCUAGGUCAUUGCAUCCAAACCUCCAAUGUGCGAGUGGUGAAACUCCAGCGAACAACAAGAACAUUAUUGUUGCAGACAGAAGAAUCAGACAUGAUGGGCUUGGAAACUAUGAUGCUGCACUUUUAUGGACAGGUCCAGAAUAUAUGUACAAUAUGUUGAAGCACAAUGGAAUAGAUUUACCAGAGGAGGCCUUUGCCGUGCUUCGAUGGUUUCCAGUAAACCAGUCUGAAAGACAACAGCAGUGCAGCAAAGCCCUUGCUGAAACGAUCGACCGUGAUGUCCUGGGUAUUGUUCAGGACUUUUGCGAUGUCCGCGAAACUGCAAGACGUAACUUGUUUUUCACACAGGAGCUCCAUGAAUUCGACUGCACGUCGCUUUGGAAUUCUCACUUUUCUCGAAUUUUCGAGAAGUAUGGAGCAGAUAAACAUUUACAAUGGUAG